GUUAAUAACGUUGUCAAAGUUCCAUCCUCCCCAAAGUCAAUUCCUCCCGGCGGCAAAUCCCGCGGUUCUUCUCCCGGCGGAAUUGGAAUAUCCCAGCUUCAAUCCUUGUGCCAAGACCGACCUAGAGUGCUCGAAAUCCGACGGAAAUUACCGCCGAUGCUGAAGAUCCCCCGCUUACAAUCUCCCCACGCUUCUCCCUUCUUCCUUCCACGAAUCCGGUGGAACCCAAGGAAUUGAUUUGUCCUUCCCAGACCUGGAUUGUGCAUUUUUUUCCCUGAAGUAUCAGAACGGAAGUUAGGGUUUGUUAAUAUUCUCAUUGGAGAUGAGCUGAAUUGAGCUGGUGGUGAGCUUAAAAUGAGUAGAUUAUCUAUCAGGCCCCGUCCGCUUGACGUCAAUAAGAAACUGCCUAUUGUCAAAUCAGUCAAGGAUUUCGAGGAUGAUAUCGACACGCCCACCACUACCAGGAACUCCCAGAUUCUCCGUCUUGCAGCUGAAGCUACAGACACUGAGGUGCAGCAAGUUUCUUCCAAGAAAAUGGCUUCUGAAAUUCCUACUCCAGAGUUUGUAAUUGUAGAUACAUACGAAAGAGACUAUUCACGCACUUUCAGUCAGCCAGCAUCAUACAUACAUGCAAGGGGAGCUCGGGCUGAAAUUGGAGAGUUUGUGGAGUACGAUCUUGACAAUGAAGAUGAGGAUUGGCUUCAAGAGUUUAACAAAGAAAGGGAGAUCCUUCCUGCAGAAAAGCUUGAGUCAAUCCUAUUUAAGUUGGAGGUUUUCGAUCACAAGGCGCGUGAAAGGGCAGGAGUAAUUACGCCAACUCUUGUACCACAUAUCCCUGUGCUUCUCAGCUUUGAUGGUGCUGUCGAGGCUUUGCAAUCGAUUUCUACGACAUAUGGAAUUUUUCAGUCUAUAUAUAACUACUGGAAGGAUAAGAGAGAACGAUGGCAAAAGCCCAUUCUUCGGCGCUUGCAGCCACCUCCACCCGUUAAUGAUACCAACCCAUAUAACGUAUUUAGGCCAAGGGAAAAGGCUCACAGACUCCAUACAAGAAGGAUGCAAAGGAGGGAAAACAAUGUUCAAUCUUUUGAAAAGCUUCGCCAGGUUAGACAAAACCUUGACCAAGCAAAAUCCAUUCUUGAAGCUCUAGUCAAGAGAGAAGAGAAAAAGAGAGAGGUUAUGGAGAGUGAAAUUAGCCUUCAGAGACUUCAAAUGAAACAUAAGAAUGAAACUGUGCUUCUUGAAGAUAGCUUGGCCCUACCUGGAUUUCAUUCCUUCCCAACAUCCAAGUAUGGUUCAAGUGAGGAAGAGUUCAUUCCAUUUACACACUCAAAGAUGGCGACAGUUUCAACUGGAAGCAUUAGACGGGAUUUCAAGAGACAUCAGAGUCCCUACGGAUGGCUCCAAAGAUUGGAUCCGAACGAGCCAGUAAUGCUGUUCACCAAACCUUUGGUUCCAGAGAAACUGGCAGCUGCGGGCAUUAUGCCCCCGACAGGUGGUUCUUCUUCAAUGGGUAAUGGACGCCCGUUUAACUUUCGGGGAAGAAUCGGUAGGGGUGGACGUCUGGUGUUUGACAGAUGGAAUCCACUUUUGCAUACUCCAAUCGAGUGUGGUGAUACUUUAUAUAUACCACCAAAGCCUCGUCAAGCCACACGCGGAUGAUGAGAAUUUUGUUUCCACUUGCCCAUUGUGUACUCUAUUUAUAACAUUGUGUUCUUUGUGGAUAGGGGCAGAACGGGAAACUUUUGUACAAUUACUAUUGGUGUUCUUCAUUGUCAAGGUGCGGGUAGAGCACGUGCGAAAGAAAGAACAGUGAUUGCGCGACAGAAAAGUAAAGGAAGAACACAGCAUUUGCUGACUUUUUGGCAACUAGAAGUAUGACUCUUGCUUUUGAUUAUUUACUCUCCUGCUGUAAAUGAAAUGGAAUGAAUGAGGGAAUUAGGACGCGUAGUUACUUCUCUGUUGUAUAUUUCCAUGCUUUACUUAUCUC